AUGAAGCAUCAGACAGCAACCACCUGAAGUGAUCUAGAUCAGAGGGACAAUGAUGAAUCCCUGCUUUGUUCUUGUUUUGGCGCUCGCUGGUGCUGCAUCAGGGGCCAUUGAGAAGAGGAUCCUCGGGGGUAGGAGCUGUGACAAGGACAGGCAGUAUCAUGUCCAGAUAGAGUCUGUCCAGCCGGGCAAGACAUGUGGAGGCUCUCUGCUCAACACCCGCUGGGUCAUCACUGCUUCUCACUGUGCAGAACAGAUUGUGAAAGUGACCCUUGGCAAAAACAAUGACGUGUCAAUUUUCACAAAAGCAGUGUCUUUCUUUAAAGGAUCGUCCAAAAAAUAUGAGCAACAGAUUAAAACUGAACAACAGUUUACCUUCAAAGGAGAGGACGGGCGUCCCCAUGACAUCAUGCUCAUAAAGCUGAAUGAGGAUAUGUCUGGUAGCCUUCCUACCAUCAAGCUUCCUCCUGUUGGGUGUACCAAACCAGAGAAGGGUCAGCAGGUUGAGGUCGGAGGCUGGGGAGCCAAGAAAGCACAUGUGACAGCCGAACCAUCCAGCAGUUUGAGGUGUGCCAGCACAGAGAUCAAAGACUGUGGUGAGAAUGAUAAACCUGGUACUCAAUACUUCAGCGAUGAAACCACCACCAUGUGUGCUCAUAAACCUGGUGUGGAGGCCUGCUAUGGUGACUCGGGUUCAGCUGUGGAGUAUAACAAACUCUUGCAUGGAAUUAUUGUCAGCAAACCCACUGAUAAGUGUGCAAACCCGAUUGUAAUGCUGGAUAUCUGUCACUACAGGGAGUGGAUUGAAAAAACCAUGCAGGAACAUUGAGUAAACCUCACAGUUUAAUACAGAAAUCACAUGUGUACUUUAUACAUCUCAUCAUCUCAUUUUAAUUUAUAAUCAUAAUCACCUGCCUUAUUAACUUAACUUCAUGUUAGAGUAGUUUACAUUAGAAUAAAACUGAAAAGAUUCAGGGGGCGUCAAUAACAAGUAUGGUUACAUUGGUUAGGUGAAAGAAAUGAAGCAAACAAAUGAUAUAAGUGCAUUAAGGACACUGUG